AUGCCGCCACUGCCUUGUGAGAAAACUUGUUUCGGCCUAGUAAUUGAUGGUCGGAUGAGCAAGUUUAUUAACUCGAUGGCUAACGACGCGGAUCAGCAGCUUAAGGUGGUGUCUAUUCAUGGAUUUGGAUGUCUUGGUAAAACAAUGGUUGCCAGAGUGUUGUACAAUAAAAUUGGGAGACAAUUUCAUUGCCGGGCUUUCAUCCGGGUGUCCAAAAAGCCUAAUAUGAAGAGGCUUUUCUGUGACAUCCUGUCACAAAUCCAGCGGAAGCAGCCCCAAGCAAGCCAAGCCGUUUCUGAUGAACUACGCAUUACUGCUGAAAAUAUCAGGAAUUAUCUACAUGGCAAAGGUAUCUGA